GUUCGGGACGGGACAGGACAGGACGAGUGUGUGUGUGUGCGCGCGUCUGUGCGGACCGGGAUCUGAGAUUUUUGGGUGGUGGCUGUUUGUUUAACUUGCGCAAAUGCGCUGGAAUGCGGUCGACUAGCUAACUUUACUCCGUCAAGAUUAAGUGCAAUUCCAAAUUUGUCCUCGACUUUUCUCGAGCACGCGCUUGUUUCACUGUGGACUCGUCGUGUUUUCCCGGUCACAGCAACUUUUAUUGAUUCAUUUACUGACUGAGCUGAAGGCUAACGGCAUACACAGAUGCAGGCCAUAAAGUGUGUGGUGGUGGGGGACGGGGCUGUGGGAAAAACAUGCCUUCUGAUCAGCUACACAACCAAUGCUUUCCCUGGAGAGUACAUCCCGACUGUGUUUGACAAUUAUUCUGCUAAUGUGAUGGUGGAUGGGAAGCCAGUAAAUCUGGGACUGUGGGAUACAGCAGGACAGGAGGAUUACGACAGGCUUCGACCACUGUCCUACCCUCAGACGGAUGUGUUCUUGAUCUGUUUCUCUCUUGUGAGUCCAGCCUCGUUUGAGAAUGUCCGUGCAAAGUGGUAUCCAGAGGUCAGACAUCAUUGUCCCAACACUCCCAUUAUUCUUGUUGGGACUAAACUUGAUCUGAGAGACGACAAGGACACGAUUGAAAAGUUGAAAGAGAAGAAACUCACUCCGAUUACCUACCCUCAAGGCCUCGCUAUGGCCAAAGAAAUAGGAGCUGUUAAGUAUCUGGAGUGCUCAGCCUUAACACAGCGUGGUCUUAAGACGGUGUUUGAUGAAGCCAUCCGUGCUGUACUGUGCCCGCCCCCGGUGAAGAAAAGAAAGCGGAAGUGUUUACUCCUCUGAAUUGACUGCAAACAGCAGCAGUUGCAAUCUGAGCUCACCUGAGAGGAGAACAAUGGAGGCGGGGAUUGUGGAAAAUGUGUGUUGGGGAAGGAGUGUUCUGCACAGUGUAUACAUACAGAUAUUUCUCUCUCUUGCAUUGUAAUUAGUUUCACAACUAACUAGCUAUUAAGAAGCCUGAGUAUUUGCUUCCGAGAGAUGUGGAGCAGCAUCCGUAGCUGUUUCCCUUGUACACUAAGAAAUUCCUGCUGCCUUCCAAUUAUGUACUUUUAUUUUCCCCGUUUUUACUUUAAGAACUAAAUACUCUUUUCAGUUUGUCCCUCUGUGAGCCCAUAUAUUUUGUUUAAAGUCUGCAUUUGUGUAGAAAAUGAAUUCUUGCCUAAAGUAAAACCUACAAAUAAUGGAUUUUAAUUUGCUAACACUAACUAUCUCAUUGUUUUUCUAAAGACAGGGUUAAUCAUGCAUGCCUGCAAGAAAAAGAGAUUGCAUUAAUUUUGAAGGAACUAUUUUACAAGUGGACAGUUGAACAAAGCAGAGAAACGGUUAUUGGGUCCUAUGUUGUGGUUCCCAUGCUAUAGAAUUUAUUUUGUUUAACUAAAUAAUAAAUGUACGUAGUUAAAAUACAAAUAUCAGCAAUGUGUUGUCAGCAUAUAGCAUAUUUUCACUAGUUUAUUUUAAUAUUCAGAAUGACACAACUGUUUAAUCUCUAUUGUAGUCAGUCUUUUGGAGGAGUUUGGCAGUGUUUUAUCCAUUUUACAGUCCCUCAGUAUUGUAUUUAGACCGAUAUACCAGUGCCUAGUAUCAGACCAGGAUUUGUUGGAAGACUGAGCAUGCCAUUUGAACCUUAAAUUAGAUGUCUCUACAAAGUGGAUUAACAGUAAUUAAAAAGAUGAAAACUAUAGAAAUGGUUUGAUUUUAGGGAACAGACAUCAAAAGUGUUAAACUUCAAAUUGGUCUUUAAACAGUUUAAAGGGAAAUGGUUGUGAUUUGCUACAUAUAAUGUUUAAUUUCUUUGUGUAACACAAACAGUUCUGUUUCAAAUGCCAUUUGAACUACUUUAUUCAUGCAUUCUCCACUAAAGCUACAAUGUUUUAAC